AUGGAUCACGGAUCAACGGUGGGCACGCACGACGAGACUCUCUUGGGAAUCCUCGGCGAAGAGAAGAACAUAGCCGGCUUCUUCGACGCUCUCUUCGGCUUUUUGUACCGCUGCACCGACUUUUACGUUGAAACGCCACCCGAGUCCGAAUCGCGUGUCGGCUUACCACCGGGUCUGGCCGAACAGCUCGUCCUCGAAUCUCUGCGAAAGUGGCGAACGCAACCACUGUCCAUGGACGGCACCACAGCUGAUUCAUCGGAACGUCGUAACGGCAGGAGACCCAUCAACCAUCAGGUGCGUUUCAUUGGUGUUUUGGCUGAACGAGCACCACGUGAUUUCUCGAACCCAAAGAUCCGGUCGUCAGCGGAUUGUUACAACGGAGCCGCGUACGACAAGUACAGGUGGAGCCAGACGAUCGGCGAUCUAGACGUACUGGUUCCCGUGCCAAGGGAAAUUCGCCAGGCAAAGGACGCGCGCGUGCAUCUGGACUCCAAGCGGCUCGAAGUUGCGCUUCGAAGCGCCGAUGGCGGCUCGUGGCAGACGCUCCUCGAAGGGCGUUUCAGCCACCCGAUCAAGAACUCAGAGUCGUACUGGUGCCUCGAGCCCGGGGAGCACCUCACCCUGCACCUCGAGAAGGCGGGGGAGCGCUGGUGGGAGGCACUGCUGGACGACGAGCCGCGCAUCGAGCUCGGGAGGAUCGAUUGUUCGCGGAACCUCGAGGAAAUGCCCGAGCGCGAGAGGAUGAAGGUGGAGGAGCUCGUGUGGAGCCACAGGCGGAAGUUGCUCGGCCAACCGACGUCGGACGAGACCGUGGGUUCCAUUGCAAUUUAUAGCGACAGUUUGAUUUUUCCACUUUUUUUUGUUCAUCCGGAAAAUGUAGCAGGUACCGCAAGUGGCGCGGAGCACGCCAGUCAAGGGCACGGACUGAAAGCUCGUAAAAUUCCACCGACGAGUAUUAAGACAUGUGUUAUUUUUUUUCUGCCACCAAUCGACAAGGUCCACCGCAAUUACACUCGCGGUCGCUGUCCCAUCAUGUCCAAGCAAGGAAGGAAUCAUCGUGAAAUUUAA